AAAAAAAACUGCCAUGGUGACAAAUAACUAAAAUUUGCAAUACAAAAAAAAAAGUAUACGUUUUAAUGAAAUGUUACUUAUUAUUUGUUUUUAACAAAAUAACAUAGUUUGAAUUUUUUUAAUAUUUGUACAAACAUAUUGGAUUAUUACAAUUAAAUUCACUUAAAUAAAAAUGGCAACUGACGCACAAACCAACAACGAAGAUUACUCUCAAGAGUACGGAGAUGAUGACAACAGUCAAGAGUAUGAUAAUGAUCAACAAGAAGGUGAUGAAUAUGAUGAUCAAGAUGAAAAUGAAGACGACAAUGAGCAGAGCCAAGAUCAGGGCAGUGUUGGGGGUGGUGGCGGUAAUACCAGUAACUCUUCAGGACCAAAAUACAUACGUUUAAGAGGACUACCAUGGUCGGCAACACAUAAAGAAAUUUUAAAUUUUCUAAAGAAUGUCAAUGUUGCUAAUGACUCGAAGGGUAUACAUCUUAUCACCAGCCGUUGGGAUGGCAAAAAUACGGGCGAAGCCUAUGUUGAGGUACAAAGUCAAGAUGAUGUUGAAGAGGCGCGAAAAUUAAACAAAGGCUUAAUGGGACAUCGUUACAUUGAAGUAUUCACCGCUAACCCAAAGGAAGCCAAAGAAGCGAUGCGUAAAACCGGCAGUCAUGGCAUGUCUUAUGUUGUUAAACUACGCGGUCUGCCAUAUGCGGUCACUGAACAACAAGUCGAAGAAUUCUUUAGCGGGUUGGAAAUCAAACCGGAUCGGGAGGGGAUACUUUUUGUUAUGGACAAAAGGGGUCGUGCGACUGGGGAAGCUUUUGUUCAGUUCGAAAGCCAGGAUGACACUGAACAAGCCUUGGGACGUAAUCGGGAUAAGAUUGGGCACAGGUAUAUUGAAAUCUUCCGUAGCUCACUGGCUGAACUGAAACGCGCUGCCAAAGGUAAUGGCCGCACUGGUCCAUAUGACUUGAAGGAUCGUGGCGGUAAUCGCGGCAAUGAUUACGGCGGCGGACGCAACAUGCGUGGCGGCAAUGAUUGGGGUAACAAUGGCGCUCCAUUCGGUGUUGGCGCCAACAAUACACUUGGCUUUAAUAACUUGCCGAACUUUACAAACUCGGGCAAUUUUGGCAAUAACUUUGGAUCGAAUGGCAAUGGAGGUGGCAGUGGCGGUGGAAUUGGUGGUUUUGGUAAUGGCAAUAAUGGCGGCGCUUUCGGUGGUUUUGGCAAUAACGGUAAUUUUGGCGCAGGCAACGGCAACAAUGGUAACUUCGGCAACGGGAACGGCAACGGCAACGGUGGCUUUGGCGGCAAUAAUCGUUUCAACAACAGUGGCGGCAAUUUCGGCAACGAUUUCGGUGACUUUGGCAACUUUGGCAAUAACCGAAAUUUCAGUAAUGGCGGCAAUUUCGGUAAUGAUUUUCCAGUCGGCAACAACCGCAAUGGUGGCAUGGGCGUUGGACCAAACAAUGGCGGUGGCGGUGGCGGCGGCGUCGGUAGCUUUGGCAAUUUCGGCAACUUUGGUAAUUUCGGUGGCAACGGCGGUGUUGGCGUUGCCGGUGGUGCCGGUAAUGGCAAUAUGGGCGGUGGAUUUAACGGUGGUAACGCUAUGAUCGGUGGUGGAGGCAAUUUCGGUCCAAUCGGCGGUGGUCGCAAUGACAGCGAGUACUUCACCAUACAUAUGCGCGGUUUGCCGUAUCAGUCGUUUGAUAAUGAUAUAUUUAAGUUCUUCGACCCAAUACGCCCAGCCAAUGUACGUGUUAAUUUUAAUAAAAGUGGCUUGCACAGUGGCACCGCCGAUGUCUUUUUCGAGACGUACGAAGAUGCUCAACUAGCUAUGAAGCGCCACCGCGAUCAAAUGGGUUCACGUUACAUUGAGCUCUUCUUUGAUGGCAAAACCAAAACUGGCAAUACAAAAUCUGGUGGCGGUGGCGGUGGCAAUUUUCAACGCCGCAUCUAAAGAAAGCAAUCCGUAUGUGCAUUGCGAAUGGGGAGUGGUACUGAGGUAUCUUUACGUUAUCGCGGAAUGUAAAUGUGCGUUUUUCUUUUUAAAUCAAGUCAACGUACCCAGUUUCAUGGGGAGGGGAAAGAAAGUUACACAAUAAAUUUUCGAAACAAAUCCUUAAUUUUUCAACGCUCAUUUUCGUAGUCAUCGCAAUGGCACUACAAGUGGUCGUGUAACCGUUAACACAGUUACUACUACAUUAACGUUUAAUUUGUAAUUUGUUUAUGCUGUAAGUCAAUUCAAAAACAUGGAAAUUACCUAACCAUAUAUUACAAUAAUAAAAAAUACAUAUAAGUUUUAUUUUAUACUCUGUGAAAGAAGCAAACUUAAUGUUCAUAUAUUGAAACUUAACUUACAUACUAUGUAUACACAUAACUGUAAAAUUAACAUGCACAUCACACAACGGGAAGGAUGAUGCGCAUCUUUUACUCUAUUUUUAUUGAAUUAUUUUUAAUUCGUUUAAAUUAUAUGCUUUGUCGGGUUAUGUAGUUGAAAAUUCGGCUAUUACCGUUUUAUUUUCAAGCCUAUACUUAAUUUGCUAAAACUGUGUAUUUUUAACGUAAUGAAUUUAAAUUCCAUUUACUUAAGCGCUGUGUUAGAAAAAUACCGUUUAUUUUUCCUUAAUAUACCAUAAACGUGACAACAUUAAUUAAGUUAUCAACUAAAGUAUUGCUGAAUUUUAACGUGUCACUAGAAAUAAUGCGCAGAUUUCGCAAGAAUAUGUUAAAAAUGCUGCAUAACACGGUUGAUUAAAUGCAACAAUUGAGAGAAACCAUGUAAACUGAAGAUUUGUGCGCAUGCGCAUAACUCAUUUUCUGAAUAAAAAACAUUUUUUUACCUCUUUAGGAGGCAAAGUAA